GAUAAAAUAGUUCAAGAGAGGAGUGUUAAACUUAAACAGUUAAACCCCAAACAUUUCUCAAAACUUCAAAUCAUUUCGACUCGAUUCGAUUAAUUCUUCCGAUCAAAUAAGCAAAGUGAUUGAUUAAUCUAUUUCUUCUGUUAUGUUAUCACGAACUAUUCUGUAUUAAAAAGUUAUUGAUUUCGAUUUGAAUUCUUCUGUUUUAGCAAGAAAUUGAAUGAUCGAGUUUGAUCCAUUAUGUAUAACCCUAAUUUCUCGAUUCAGUACAGUCUCAAAGCUCGAUUCAUGGAUGAGAACGGGGUAAGUAGAAUGGUGACGAAGGGACUUCUUGUACAUCUUGGAUGCGAAGUGACCACGGUGAGUUCAAGCGAGGAGUGUCUCAGAGUUGUAUCCCAUAAGCACAGAGUGGUCUUCAUGGACGUGUGCACCCCCGGGGUCGAAAACUACCAGAUCGCUCUCCGUAUACACGAGAAAUUCACAAAACGCCACCAAAGGCCACUGCUCGUGGCGCUCACUGGUAACACCGACAAAUCCACAAAGGAGAAAUGCAUGAGCUUUGGUCUAGUCGGCGUGUUGCUCAAACCCGUGUCGCUAGACAACAUGAGAAACGUUCUGUCUGAUCUUCUAGAACAUCGGGUUCUAUACGAGGCCAUGUAAGAGGAUGUUGCCGGAGAGGGACACUGUCUCCGCUUUCUCUCCCCCGUUAAAACAUCGGUUAAUGGGUACGUACAAAGAUUGUGGGGGAGAGCGUUUUGGAUGAUACUCCUCCUUCUGUUCCUAAAUAUAAGAUGUUUAGGUAGAAACACACAUAUUAAGAAAACUACUUUUUGUCUAGAAAGUAUCAUUAAAACUAUAAAUUAAUGAUAUUCAACCAAUUA